AUGGUCGCUGAAGACUACGAGGCUGUCCUCAAGGGCAAAUACCCAGGCAAAGACCAUGCCAAACGUGUCGUGGACCUCAUCCGAAAGGAUGUUCCUGAUGCCAAUGGUAUUCUGUACCUCGAGAGUCAAGUUACUCGAAUGAUGGAAGAUAGCGACGAGCCCGAGCCCUUCCGUCAGCGCCGAUACUUCUACUACCUCACCGGGUGCAACCUCCCCGACUGCGCUUUCGUCUACGACAUCCAAUCCGCGAAGUCCACACUCUUCAUCCCUCCCAUCAACCCCGACGAUGUCAUCUGGUCCGGUCUCCCCGUCAGCAUCGACGAGGCCCUCGCGCAAUACGACGUCGACGAAGUAAAGCUCACCACCGAACUCAACGCUACCCUCGCACACCUCGGAUCCGAGAACCCCAAGUCCUCAGCCUUUGCCAUCGCGAACCAAGUCUCCGACCACGUCUCCUUCAUCGGCUUCGACAACAAGAACUUUAAUGUUCUAAAGACCGCUAUCGAGACCUCGCGAGUGGUCAAGGACGAGUUCGAGGUUGCUAUGCUUCGAAAGGCGAACUACAUCUCUGGUAUUGGGCAUCGCGCUGUGUUUGCGAGGGCCAAGACUGCCAAGAAUGAGCAGGAGUUUGAGGCGGCGUUCAAGGAGAGAUGUUAUUCUUAUGGUAUUAAGAAGAUGUCGUAUGAUCCUAUUGCUGCUGCUGGAAGAGCGGCCGCUACGCUGCAUUACGUCCCAAAUAAUGCGCCUCUGGAGGGCAAGCUCAACCUGUUGAUGGAUGCUGGCGGCGAGUGGAACAACUACGCUGCUGAUAUUACACGAACGUUCCCCCUCUCGGGCAAGUUCACCAAGGAGUCUCGCUUCAUCUACGAGACCGUCCUCAAGAUGCAAAAGGAGUGCAUUGCAGUUCUCAAGGAGGGUGUUGUGUGGGACGAUGUUCAUCUGCUCGCCCACAAGAUCGCCAUCGACGGCCUCCUCGAAGCUGGCAUCCUCAAGGGCGACAAGGAUGAGAUCCUCAAGGCUCGCACGAGCGCUGCUUUCCUCCCUCACGGUCUGGGUCACUACCUUGGCAUGGACACCCACGAUACCGGCGGCAACCCCAACUUUGGCGACAAGGAUAAGCUGUUCCGCUACCUACGCGUGCGGGGCACUCUCCCCAGCGGCAGCGUUGUCACUGUCGAGCCUGGUAUUUACUUCUGCAAGUUCAUCAUCGAUCCUUACCUCGAGGACCCCGUGCACAGCAAAUUCAUCAACAAGGACGUUCUGGACAAGUACUGGGAUGUCGGUGGAGUGCGCAUCGAGGAUAACAUCCUCAUCACCAAGACUGGCUCUGAGAACCUGACUGAUGUGCCAAGGGAAGCUGAUGAGAUGGAGGCCCUGGUUUCUGGAAGUUAA